UAUUGUUUUAUCUUCUUUUCCAUUGUAGUGAAAAUGCAUCGUAUGGUGUUGCAGUCAUUAUUGCUCUUGCUCAGUUUUAUCUGCAUUGUCCAUUCCCAAAAUUGCAAGUGGCUUCAGCCCAAACAGGAGUAUCUCAAUACCAAAAUCCUCCAAGCCUUCAGCCAAAUGAAUUGUCCUAAAGAAUUUAACAAAGACUGCCAAGAUUAUCCCACUGCACAAUAUAAUUUGGAGAGUAUCUACAAUAUCACACAGGUGGAAGAUGUGACUCUUGCUGUGAGAGAAGUUCUGAAUGGAACCAUCAGGUUCUACAUGAAACACCAUGAGAGUAUGGAGUGCAAGCAGCAAGCCUGGGAAAGGUUCCAGCACCUUCUCUACUAUCAGAUUUAUCAGCUGGAGGACUGUGUCCCGGAGACAGCAGAAAAUGAUGUACUGAAAAAAGAAAUAUCAGAACAAUUUCGAGAAAUGGAUAAAUAUGUAGCGGAGCAGGAAGAAGCAUCCUGUGCCUGGGAUUUUAGCCAUGAUGAAAUCAGAAGGAAUUUACAUCUCGUUCUGCAGCUCUCCUCCCGCCUGAGAAGGCAGCACUUGCUCCAGAAGACUGUGUAG